UUGCGGGGUUUGUCUCUUCUCCUCCUUCCUUCUCUCCCGCUCUGGUUUUUUUGCCUUUUAUAUUUUGCUGUUGUUUGUUUCCCCCUCAGUUCUCCUUCCCCGCCCGGCGUGGGCCGGCUCAGCAGUGAGGAGGCUGGGGAAAGUUGGUGGAAAGUUGCCGCCUGGGAAAGUUGAGAAAGCGUGAGAGCCGCGGUGCCGUCAGCCCGGCCUCCCGGCGGCGUCCCGCGCUUCGCUCCGCCCCGCUCCGCUGCACCGCAGGGCCGAGGAUGGCCGGCGGGGAAGGAGCGGGGUCUGGCGUGCCCGAGAGCCGGGAGCAUCUCUUCAAGGUGCUGGUGAUCGGGGAGCUGGGAGUGGGUAAAACCAGCAUUAUCAAGCGGUACGUACACCAGCUCUUCUCUCAGCACUACCGGGCCACCAUCGGGGUGGAUUUCGCCCUCAAAGUCAUCAACUGGGACAGCAAGACCCUGGUGCGGCUGCAGCUCUGGGAUAUAGCAGGCCAGGAGCGAUUUGGAAAUAUGACCAGAGUAUACUACAAAGAGGCAGUUGGUGCCUUUGUGGUCUUUGAUGUCACAAGAGGCUCCACAUUUGAGGCUGUUUCAAAAUGGAAGCAUGAUUUGGACAGUAAAGUACUCCUUCCCAAUGGCAGCCCCAUCCCUGUUGUUCUUCUUGCAAACAAGUGUGACCAGAAGACAGAGAGCAGUCAGAAUCUCUCCCAAAUGGACCAGUUCUGCAGAGAAGGUGGCUUUGUUGGAUGGUUUGAAACAUCUGCCAAGGACAACAUCAACAUAGAUGAAGCUGCUCGAUUCUUGGUGGAAAACAUCCUUGCCAACUACAAAACCUUUCCUAAUGAAGAGAAUGAUGUGGGGAAACCAAAACUGGACCUAGACCCGUUGAAAGCAGAGAGUAAAUCACAGUGCUGCUAAUGCUACCACUGUUCAGUAAAUGGGAUGAGCAGCAAGACUGUUCCUUAAAUCAAACUGCUGCUAUGGUGCUGCAUUGUGACAAUUUGUAUGGGGUGUCUGGUCUUAUUGGAAUAGGUGAUUCUUGUGGGUGUUUACAUAUUCUUGUUUAGCACAAAACUGAGUAUCUUGUGAGUUUCCACUCUACUUGCUUGAGUGGCUGCAUCUAAGUCUGAUUAGUGUCUUCUUACUUGAGAACAUAAGGUAGUGUUUACACUCCUAAAAAGGAACAAAGACAAGGUUCAGUGCCUAGUUUGCUUCUAGGACAUAUGCUACAUUCCAAAUAGGUCUCACUUGUCAUGGCUUUAGCUGAGUAGACACUUGCACCUUUAAAGUAAACUCUUCCUAUGUCACCAGUUCUGUCUCACUUUGUCCUUCUCACCUACAAACUUGUCCCUAUUUAUUAUCAUCCACCAUGAGGAUCUCUCUCAUUGCUAGUUCUCUUUGAUCAAGACAUCCCAGAAAUCUUGAAGGGGCUGAUGACAGAUAGGAGGCAUCUCAGUGUAUUCACUGGGACCAAGUGAAGUAGAUGGCUUUUACAACUGAGAACAAGAUGGGUAAGUGAGUGCGCUUAACGGGGGAAAAGCAUGGUUAUAGAGAUACUAACAAAAAUGCAUCUCCAGCUAUUUAAGGCAGAAUAUUUUCAGCCAAUACUUUACAUAUGAAAUACAUUAAUGAAUACAGUUGUACUACUGGCACACAGUUAACAUUACUUAUAUGUACACCUAGAAAUAAACAUCCAGUAACUUUUUCAUGCACUAACAAUGAAGACUUUACCAAGAGUAUGAAAGGUAAAUAUCUUGCUGUCCCAUGACAAUGAACUUGCUCCUUUUUUCUUUUGUCCUGAGAGGGCUCUGAAUAUUUGAGGAAGGAGAGAUGUCUUGAAGGAAACAGCUUAACUGGUUCUUGCUAGCCUGUCUGUCAUAUGCACACACACACACUUCGUUCUCUUGCCAAGCUCUAUCUUUUUCAAUUUUAGAACAGUGCUGCACUCUUCUGACUACUUGGAGCUGGUGAACUGACUUACCAGUUUGUAACUGUAUACUGAGAUACUUACGUUUCCUUGUUAUAACUCAUGUAUUUUUGGCAGCAAAUGAAGAGCAAAAGGAUUAGAGAGACUUCAUCAGUCUUGAAUAUGUUCUGGAACUAUGGCUCUACUUGGCUGAAAGGCUUUGAAGCUCCUCUUUAUUUUAAGGACUGCUUCUGUCCUGGUACCUCAUUGCUACUGACUUUAAAUGCCUUAUCUUGUUGGGUCUGAUGAUGCUGAUGUUUACUUAAGCAUCAGCAUGAGGUAUGUGCCAAAUUGGAUGUCAUUUAAUCUGUACUGAGAUUUCCCAGGCUGUCUUUUUUUCUAAAGAGUAAAAUACUUUUUAAGAUAAAUAAAUAUAUUUGGGCAUCUUU